GUAAUAACAGCCUUAAACCGGAUAAUACUCACACGGUAUUGUGUCAGCUGAAAAAAAAUCCUCUUUUACCUGUUUUCCGUCGACUCGAGCCUCUACGCGAAUGCUCGAAGCUGGAUUCUCGUGUCACCGCUAAACUAUGAGGAAUCUUGCUUUAAUCGGUCUCUUCCCGUUGUUGGUAAACGUGGUGUCCGGAGAUGCCGUGGAGUCACUGUCUGUGAUUGUGGGAGAUUCUGUCAGUCUGCAGACGGACAGUACUAUAGAGAGCGGUGGGGUGAUCGAGUGGAGAUUUGAAGGUCAUCUAAUUGCUCGAAUCAAUUAUGAGUCGAAUAAAAAAAUACUGCUUGUUGAUGCUAAUGAGAAAUUCAGAGACAGGCUGAAGCUAGAUGACCACACCGGAGACCUCCAGAUCAGAAACGUCAGAACCUCAGACUCUGGAAUUUAUAAAGUAGAAAUAUACAGCGGUAGAGGCAUAUCGACAAACGCCUUCAAUGUCACAGGUGUGAUUAAUUUGGAGUCGGACGGAGUGAAGGUCGUGCCGGUGAUGGAGAGAGACUCCGUCAUUUUGCCCUCGGGUCUAUCUGAAAUACAGAGAGAAGAUGAGAUCACCUGGAAGUUUAAAGACACGCUCAUUGCUGAAAUGAAUCGGAAAGACGGGGUCUUCUCUGCGUAUGAAGAUGUUCUUGAUGGCCGAUUCAGAGACAAGCUGCAGCUGGACAAUAAGACCGGAUCGCUCAUCAUCACUAACAUCAGACCCAACAUCUCUGGACUUUACGAAAUCAGCAUCAGCAGGAGCAGCAGAAGAUACACCACGCACAAAAUGUUCAGUGUGACCUCCGUAGAAGGGGAGAACAGGAUGUCGGCGAUGGAGGGGACUACCGUCAUUCUACAAUCGGACAUUUCUGAAAUACACAGCGAUGACGUGGUCGUGUGGAGGUCUGAGCAUGGAGACUCUAUUAUAGCAACGAUCAAUAGAAGGACCCAGAACGUCACUGUAUUGGAUGGAGAUGACGGGAGAUUCGGUGGCAUCCUGGAGCUGGACAGUAAGACCGGAUCUCUGACCAUCAGACACAUAAAAACGAAACACGCUGGACUUUAUCACCUGGAUAUCAUCGGACACCGGCGCACAGUAUUCAAGAGAUUCUAUAUUUCCGUCUGUCCACAGAACGGGCAUCAUUAUGUUAUGGGUAUUGUGGUACUUGCGGUUUUGCUGUUGGUCGUGACCGGAGCUGCUGUGUGGAUGAACAGAAAACUUCGGGCUGACAGAAGGGAAACCCAGUAUUAGUUAAUGACUCUGUAAUAUGAGAAUGUUGUUGUUCUUUUGGUGCAUGACCUGAUCAGUCCAAUCACCAUGAAGGUGGAAACGAAAGCUGAUCUUGAGGAACAAGCCCCAUGUGGCAUUUUUUUGGCUUUUUUUUGCACUGUGAACUUUUCAAAAGAAAUAAUUUCAUCACUUAAAAUGACGUUUUGAUGUCCAUAUUAAUCAAUAUGCAAAAAUGCUUAGUCGAUGAAUUAGACAAUGUUAUCGUACUGCAACAUUUCUACACCCGAUUUGUAGUAUUAUAUAGAACAUGGUGCUAGAAAUACAAUGAAUGCAUUUUGUGUUAUAUGUGUAUAUGAAAUACUUUUAGCUUGCUUUUUUAUUAUGCUUUGUCAUAAAGUGCCUUAAGGUUUUUUAGGAAGUUGAAAUCUGUAUUUUAACGUAGUCUUUUUAACUUUGAUGGCCGGUAAAUGCUGUGUGAAAAAUAACUACUGAGCUUUUGCUGAAUGAUUGCUGAAUCUUGGCCUUCAACAUUUUAGUAUUCUUUGUACAUAUUGGUGUAAGAUUUCAUAAUAGAUACCUGUGUUUAUCUCUUUUAUAUUACUUUUUAUAUUCUCUCAUUUCAUUGGUCACGGUCAUAUCUUACGCGUCUUGUAUUUACGAGUACGCUUGAAAUAUAGUAAUACCUGAUGAAUUUAUGCUGGUCAAGAUUUAUAACUAUGAAGCUGGUUUUAUUUUGAUAUAUAUAUUUUUUUAUAAUACAAUGAAAUGUGAUAAUUGCCAAUAAAAACAAGUCUGAUUCUCUA